UCGGACACUGAACAACCAAAUAAACAAAUAAGAAUCCAUUUUCAAAACUUCAAGAGGGCUAUAUUAUGUAUUAAUGUGGGAUUAUGCAUUAUUAUGGAGAAGGAACUGGCAACCCACUCCAGUAUUCUUGCCUGGAGAAUCCCAUGGACGGAGAAGCCUGGUGGGCUACAGUCCACGGGUUCGCAAAGAGUCGGACACAACUGAGCAACUUCACUUCACUUCAUGCAUUAUUAAGUAAACAUAAGAAGCAAACAGUGCAUGAUCUUUAUUUUACACAUUCUCUAAAAAAUCUUACGCAGUACUGAUAUUAGGGAACAUCUAGGUAAGCUCCCAAUUAUUGAGUAAGCACUAUUUCACAUACGGAUAGUGUGUUGACUAACAUAUACAUUAACAUAUUUAUAACAUGUCACUCUGCAUACAUGACUGUGUACACAGACUGUUAUCAGACCUGGUGAGAGGUGUGGAUCAAAUGGAAACUAUUGAGGAGAGCAAGAGACCACUGAAGAAUAUUUGUAACAGCAUAUAACAUAUGCCACACAAAAUUAAAGUAACAAUUAACUGCUGACUGUCACGACCAGCCUGACCAACAGCACAGGGUUAUUGUUAGACACAACCCCAUGCUCAGCAAACCCAGAGGCUCCUAUAGUGAUUUCUGUAAGUGGCAACACCACCGGCUCUAUUUCCCCAUUCUCUCCCCUUGUCCAGAGACCAUGUCAUCCAAGGGACUGGUCACCCCAGCUCCAGAAACCCACCCCCUUUUCAAAGAUGUGAGGCAGUCAAGGGCAUGGAGGCAAGGGAAGUGAGCUCUUCAGAGGUAAAGUGACUUCAAAUCCUAGCUCGUGGGGACUUCCUUAGCCAUCCGGUGGUUGGGGCUCUGAGCGUCCAAUGCAAGGAAAAUGGAUUCUUAUUUGUUUAUUUGGUUGCUCAGUGUCCGACUCUUUGCGACCCCGUGGUCUGUUCCACGCAGGUUCCAUCCCAGAUCUCACUUUCCUUGUGACACGGAGGAAACUGGAGAGUGAUGCGCCGGCUGGAGGAUGCAUCCUAGUUGCUGAUCUGUCCUCAAUGCCUGUGUUGAUUGACAGUCACUGACUUUGCAGAUCUUAUAAUACUUUCUUCAUGUCUGCCUCUCCAAGCACAGGUGGCCAUCAACUUGGGACACUCGACUUGUGACUUUCCAAACUGUAUUAAUAUUCUUUGGGAGGGAGAAGCUAACUAAACCCAAGCAACACAUCAGAACAUAAGGAAGGGCAAUUGAUUUGUGGUGAGAGAGAGGGAGGUCAGACAUCAAGAGGAAUGAAUGGCCUGGUGAUGACAGUAGAUGGUAGAAAUAGGAAAUUAAGUCUAAAUGUUUCUUCUUCAUUUUUUAAAAAAUCCAACACAGAUCUCUCUCCCUUGGCUAGCGCCUAGAGGCGAGGGGUUGAAGAGACCUUGCAGAUCACUUGGACAAGCUUCAGCCUGAGGUCCAGUGAGUGAUUCAUCCCAACAGGUCAGAUCCUAGAAGCCCCCUGGAAGGCUGGCCGCUCCCCUGGGAGGGAGUGGGGGAGGAAGGCCCAGUACCAGGCAGCCUCUGCUCCAGCUCUGAGGGGGUGGGGAAGGCAAACCCUGGUCAUCCCCUGGCUCUGUGGUCCUUUUGUGUAAGUCCUGGCAGGGAUGACAUGGGGCCGUGCCUGGGAGCACAGCUGUGGUUCUGCUGGGGAGGAGGCAGGGCCAGGGCAGCUCUGCCCUCCCCGAUCCUCCCCUAGGACUUUUUCAGGGGUGGGGACAUGCACCCCAAGGGCCUCUCCUUGGCCUGACCCUGCUGCAGGGGCUCUCUGUCCCCACCGACAGUGGAGAUGGCCAGUUUAUUGAGCUCCUCUCUGCCCAGCUGUCUCCCCUCCCUCCUCUUCCUCCUCCUCCAGUUGACUUCCAGCUCUGCAGGACAGUUCAGAGUAAUAGGACCAGGGCACCCCAUCCGGGCGCUGGUGGGGGAUGAAGUGGAAUUGCCCUGUCGCAUAUCUCCAGGAAAGAAUGCUACAGGCAUGGAGGUGGGGUGGUAUCGGCCCCCCUUCUCCAGGGUGGUUCAUCUCUACCGAAAUGGCAAGGACCAAGACGAAGAGCAGGCACCUGAAUACCGGGGCCGCACGCAGCUGCUGAAAGAGACCAUUGGGGAGGGGAAGGUGACCCUCAGGAUCCGGAAUGUGAGGUUCUCAGAUGAAGGAGGUUUUACCUGUUUCUUCCGAGAUCACUCUUACCAAGAGGAGGCAGCCAUGGAAUUGAAAGUGGAAGAUCCCUUCUACUGGAUCAACCCCGGCGUGCUGGUGCUCAUCGCGGUCCUGCCAGUGCUCCUCCUGCAGAUCACCGUGGGCCUCGUCUUCCUGUGCCUGCAGCGCAGACUCCGAGGAAAACUCUGGGCAGAGAUAGAGAAUCUCCACCGGACUUUUGAUCCUCACUUCCUGAUGGUGCCCUGCUGGAAGAUAACCCUAUUUGUCAUCGUGCCAGUUCUCGGACCCCUGGUGGCCUUGAUCAUCUGCUAUAACUGGCUACACCGCAGACUAGCAGGGCAAUUUCUUGAAGAGCUAAGAAACCCCUUCUGAAGGACACUGCAUCUUGGCUGAGAUGCAGAAGAGCCUGGCUGGUCCAAGGAUCAGUCCUUGGGGAUGUCACAUCCAUUGAGUUGCACAUUCACUGGCCUCCCUCUUCGCUGCGGGGACAUUGCAAUCUGCACUUCAGGAAUGCUCUGAGUUCCAAACAGGAUCGACUUCUCUUCUGUCAUUACCUUGUCUGUCCCUUUCCCCAGCUCCUUCCUUCCUCUCCCCCUUUUUGCUGCCCACAUCGUUCUGCUCCUUGGCUUGUCUUCCACCUGGAAAUCCUCUCAGGCUAUAGCCAGGCAGGUGUUCUUCUGUCAGAGGACACCUGUGCUGCAGAGUAACACAGAUAAGAGGGUCUCUGCCAUGAAAUGGAGACCAGGAACCUCCUC